AGUUGCGAAAACUUUUUUGGAGGGGAGGAGGAGGACACUCACAGUCCUUCUUUACCUAAAGGAACACCAGCCGCUCGCCCCCAGUCGAUGGAGGAAAUGUAGGGAGGACGAGAGGGCGCCUGAAAAGGCUAGGGAUGAGGAAGAAAUCCUGGUUCCCUGGAGGGGCACUGACGAAUCAAACAUGUGAACGCCAACUGCUGGACCAGGCUGGUGGGGGUGGGAUCCUUGGGGGCUGUCUCUUGCCACCGGGGAAGCUGCAUCCAAUGCUUUCCCAUCCUCUUUUCCUGGAGGAAGCCCCGCAAGUGACGCGCGCGGCUCUGCGCUGGCCCCGGUGCAACUCCCCCGCCCCUUCCUUGGCUAGGAGGCGGGAAGAUGGGAGGAGUGAGGCGAGUCGAGCGGGGCUGUGGGAGCCGAGAAGUGGCAACCGGAGGGGGCUGCUGCGGCCGCUGCUGCACCUGAUCGGCUGACUGGGACGACAGGGACGGUCACUCCGACUGGACCUGCAGGCCAGGGGCGCCUGCUUUCCAAAGGCGGCUCGUCGCUGCAACGCUGCCGCCUUGCUUACCCAUGGCUUCGUCCAGUAGUGGCAUGGAGGAGGUGCGCGUUUCAGUGCUGACCCCGCUGAAGCUGGUGGGGCUGGUCUGCAUCUUCCUGGCACUGUGUCUGGAUCUGGGAGCUGUGCUGAGCCCGGCCUGGGUGACGGCCGACCGCCAGUCUUACCUGUCUCUCUGGGAGACCUGCACCAAGUCCAGCACCUUGGACUCCUGGGACUGCGCCUCCACCUUGAACAGCGAUUGGCAGAUUGCUACACUUGCUAUGCUGUUGGGGGGUGCUGCCAUAAUUCUCAUAGCUUUCUUGAUUGGAUUAAUUUCGAUCUGUGUUGGGUCACGGAGGCGGUUCUACAGACCAGUUGCUGUCAUGCUGUUUGCAGCAGUGGUUCUUCAGGUAUGCAGUCUUGUCCUUUAUCCAAUCAAGUUCAUCGAAACAGUCAAUUUAAGAAUAUACCAUGAGUUCAACUGGGGCUAUGGCUUAGCUUGGGGUGCAACUAUAUUUUCAUUUGGGGGUGCCAUACUUUAUUGCCUAAACCCUAAGAACUAUGAAGACUACUACUGAAAGCAGCUGCUUAAAACAAAUAAGAAGAUGAAUAAAACACGGAUUGUCCUGUCUUUUGUAACUCAGUGUUUUUAGUACUUUUGUAGAGUAUCAAGCAGUUCACUCUGUUGAUUAUCAACGUCUUACCUUUUGGCUACAGUUACUGCAAGUAGCUUUUUAACAACCCCUAAAAAGAACUGCAAAGAUUACACCUGCUGAUUAAUCCAUAGGCAAAGCUGUAUGCUACUGCUAUGUUACUGUUACUUUUUUUCAGCACAAGGCAGUAGGCUACAGCAUCAUGAAGAAACAAGCUGGAGUGAAAAUUCAGUGCCUGAAUUUGUUAUAGUCUACAAGAGAAUUGCUGGCAUGAGAACAAUGUAGAAGUAUCUUUCAACAGUUUCAACAGUUCUUCUGGGCAAUCAGCUCAUACCAUUUUAAUUCCAAGAUUGUUGCUGAAAUAAAAAUAAUCCUUCACAUGACAGAUACGAAGAACAGUAACUAUAAAUUAUUAAUGACUCCCCUAAGAUGUAUAUUAAACAGUUUCCUGACCCUAUAAGUUUAUGCACUGGCAGUCUACAUUUUCCACCCAGCUGUGGUCUAUCAGGAAGCAAAACAUCUAAUGCAUUCUUCUAAUUAUGUGUUUGGACAUGACAUCUCAGCUGUAACCAAGAACUGGAAACAACAUGGAGAGAGAUACUGAAUAUGCUGUCUCCUUUGAGAAAAUUAAGGAAGAAAAGAAUACAUGCAUGAGCAAUGUUUGUCCUGAGCAUCUUUUGGUUACAGAAUACUGCAGUAAAAUUUCCAUCCACAAGAAACCCAACUAUUUUUAUACAAAAUAUUUAAUAGUAUUAAAUUGCUGCACAGAGGAUAAACUAAUGCUGAUAAUGGGAGGCAAAGAAGCAGAAGGUCUAAGUGAAUCUAGAUUUUCAAGAACAGUCUCUAGGUUCUGGGUGGGAUUGAAAUAUUUUAAUUUGUUUCUUUACAUGUUGCUUGAUUUAAAACCUGCUGUCAGCAAAUACAUUUUCAGAAUGAGGUGACCCAAUAGUGCUGCGCCAUUGCAAAAUUAGAAAUCAUGAUAUAAUGUCAGUUGGACACAGGUGUUAUGGCAGUGAUACAGAUAGUCAUAAAAACCAGCAUGGUUAAUAUCUUCGUUGUUAUUUUUUUUAAUGGAGCCAUCUGUAAUCAUACAAUGUCAAGAUGGAAUGGAAGAAGAAUAGGUCUAAUUCCAAAAUAGCACUUUUGAGUCACAGGAUGGUUUGUGAUUAAUCAGUUUCUGUCAACAAGUUCUACAGGAGGUCAAACCCACAUUCAUUCUAGGUGAGUUUCAAAGAAAAAUGCCAUUAGAGUUUCUCACUGGUAAUGACAACCACAAAAAUAAAGUAUGCUUGCCAUAGCUUGGAAGCUGUAUUUGUAAAACAUUUUAAAAAAUUCAGUGAAUGUCUCCUUUUCUAUAGGGGACUAUCAAGAGGCUACCUUUUAAAAUUAUGAAGUGUUCUCAUUACAAUAUUUGGAUUAUUUUAUACUAUUCUUUUCCUCCAUUAAAUGUAAUGGCUGGCAGUUAUUUACAUAUAUCAAGGCUUGGGUUUUUUUUCAUAUUUGGGUCUUGAAGAGACAGUGUAAAGUCUUCAAGGCCAAAGUUAAUUUGGGGCAGAAAUUUUAAAUUCAAUUUACAGUAUAUAAUUUAUUUUUGUUUACAAUCAGCUUAUUUGGGUAUUUUUAAUUACUUAAAAUAUUUUUAUAUAGUAUAUGCAGUUCUAAUAGACGAAAUUUAGAAAUUAUUUUUGUUAUAUGGAAUUAAAAUGUACCCUAGAAUGGACUUACCUUGACAGCACAGUCCUUAAAACUUAUAUGUGCUGCUCUGCACUGUUAUCUGUAAUACUUUUACAGACUUUCUUAAUUUUAUGACCUCAUCAAAAUAAUAGAUGUUUAACUACCACAAAUCACAUUCAGAGAAAAGUAAACGGUAUUCUCUAAACCAUAAACCCAUAAAUACAUUUAUAACAUGUCAUUGCUGUCAAAGAAAUAUAGGUUUUUUUAAUGAUACAGUAAAUCUGAUUCGUGCGCAAAACCAUAUAUAUGGCAAGGAUCAUUUCCUCCCCCCCACCCCACAUACACAGAAAGGUGCUAGGGAUGUAACAACCCCAUACAUUCAGGAUAAGGAGUGUCUGCCUAUGGUGAUUUUGCCAUAGUGAAUCUAGAUGUCAAAAGGAGUCUGGAAUUUAUUAAAAAGACAAUGACACCCCCUCAUAGUAGUAGUGAUAGGCCAGUAUUCAUAUUUACAGAAAGAUAUUUUUAAAUGUGAUCAUAUAAAUUAGGACUGGGUUAUGCCACAACUUCAACCCGAACUUGUGACAUAGCAUCAUUCUACUGUUUGCCCAGUGCUUAGUGGCCCAUAUUGCAGUGGUUGAGCUUAUGUGUCAUGCAGUGAAGGUUCCAUGUUCCAUCUUACAAAACCUCAAUAAAUAAAUACCAGAAAGCAGUGCUUGGAUGGGUUGGAUGGGUUUGACUUCAUACAUAGCAGCUUUAUGCAGACAUAAUAACCUUUCACCCCAUGCCACUCCUUUAGUGUGGCUUUAUCACUCAUUAACUGAGCUAGGAAGCUAAAAGCAAUGAAAUCCAGCAGAAGUAUAGACCUGAUUCCUCUAUCCUAGCAGACCACAAAUUCCAGCAACCUUUCUCAUUUGUUGCAUCCAUGCCAUGGGCACCCAUGGUUUAGGUAUGUGGGAAAAAAACCUGAUUUUCUUUGGUUAAUUAUAAUACUGCAACUUCAGUUUGAAGGAAAUUCAAACUACAACUGCUGAGUUCAGAGAGAAUUUAAUUAUUCUGCAAGUUUGGGGCAAAUUCUUUGGGUCAUAGUCUUGACUUCUGUGGAAACUGCCCACUAGAGACACAAGUCAUAAUUUUCAGGAAAGAAGGCUUUCAGCCUGAUCCUUUUCCCUGGUAAAUAGGAUUAGGAUUGGGGUGCUGUGUGGUUUCCCGGCUGUAUGGCCGUGUUCUAGCAGCAUUCUCUCCUGAUGUUUCGCCUGCAUCUGUGGCUGGGAUCUUCAGAGGAUCUGAUAGAGGAUUAGGAUUGUAGCCUUUGUGUUUCUCUAUGUGGACCUAUCACCAAUCAGUUUGGCCAAAGCAAUUAUGACUAGUUACUUUCUUCGCAUUAUCAUUUCUAGGUGACACAAGUUACAAUCUUUGGGGCAUUUUCCUGGAAAUAAAUCCCAUACAGGACUUAUUUUUAGGUAUAACUCCAUUAGAUUGAAGCAGCACAGUGCUAUCCCAAAUGUACACCGUUCUAAGCUCAUUGACCUGCCUGGGACUUUUCAAUUUUUACAAAUAGUUAUCUUCUCUUUCAUCAGGAGACGUUAGCUAUACAAUUAUGAGGCAUUUCAUACAACAAUGUCUGAACUGCCAGUAAUGACACUUCCAUUGGAAAAAAAAGUAUAGUUCCAAAUUCAGCCAAAACUGGUAUUCAUAGGACCAGCCUUAUAGUAGUUUUAUAUUCCCUAAUUCAAGAAACUCCUGUAGUAUCCCAACAUUCACUUAGUUGGUGAUUAACCUUAAGGUGUCCCAUGAAAGAUUAAUCUGGUACGUUUUUUCGUGACAAAAACCAUAUUGCCACAAUAUUCUUCUCCAGCUCCUCAAUUAUUUAUUCUACUUACCUUUCCCAUAUUUCUAAAAGUAUAAAUCUUUCCAGCAAGCAUAGGAUUUUAGCACUGAAUUACAAAUCAGAUAUAAAUCAAAGCAGAAAUAUUUAAGAGUAUUAAACACUUCAGUGUUGGGUUGCAUCUGUAAAGGAUGCCUUUUAAUAUGUUAUAACUGUAUUGUAUAAUUAUCACUUCUGUUGUAUUUGACUUUAUAUCACAAGCAGGAUGAAUUCACAUCACAUAUCUAUUGUUUAUCUCACAAAUACACAUAAACACACAUGCCCAUGCACAAAUGUUAUAUAUAUUUAUAGAUAGAUAGAUAGCCAUCUGACACCAGGGCUAGUGGUUUGUAUUUUUAAAGCUUGAAAGUAUCCUGUCCUGGUCUGACCAAGCACUUCUUGGAUUUCUUGCACAAUUGCAUUUAGUUUUUGUAAGCUCAACAUGUACAUUUUAAAGACAUAAAUAUAGAGAGAUCUAUGUGUUUGAAAUAUAAGUGAUAUAUAUAUAUAUGGACUAGCAUGUAAACUGUAUAUUAUUAAACAUGCAAUGAGCUGACUGGUAAGUGAAGUUUAAUCUUAUGGCUAGCAAUGUAAUUUAUUCAGACUGUAUUUUUGUACAGAACAGUGCACACACUAACCUAUUGCCUCUGUGUCCUCUAUAAAGCCUAAAACUGUGCCUAGAGAUUUCAUUUUUGUCUCUUGAUAAUGAACCAUGAAGAACUGAUUCUUCAUGCUGUAGAUGCUAUUAGUUUCUUUAAUGUUUUUAUAAUUUAUUUUUUUUUCUAAGUGUAUGCCAUGUUUUAUGAAACUGUCCAUCAAAAUGUGGCUCAGUUUAGUCAUGGAAAAAGGCAUAAAUGUACUUUUUUAAAAAGAAAAGAAAAUCAAAACCAAGCAGAUUUUCCCCCUUCAGUUUGUAGUUUUAUUACCAUUUCACAAUUUUUGUAGCUUACAUAAAGCUGUAUGUGGAAAAUGUAAUCCAAAUAAUAAAAAAUGCUGUUAUAUGAAUGUAA